AUGGCCCGAUCUCGCAAGGGUUGCAAGGACUGCAAGCAGGCCAAGAUCAAAUGCGACGAGGUGCAUCCGUCAUGUGGGACUUGCGCUCGUCGACGCCGCCGGUGCAGCGGAUACUCUGUUUGCGAAGGCCCAUCUAGACGCCCCAGUGCUUCGCUCGACUUGGGUGCGACGAACCACCGAACGUCUGUCGACUUGAGUCAGCGCAUGGCCCUUCAACGGGCACUAAGCGAACUACCUGUAGGGUACGAAAGAAUGAUGGAAGAGAUUCCCACGGGCACUUGGCUCAUUGAUGCGCCGGGCUGGAGGAAUAGCACCGAUGAUUACAUGAGAUCAAUGAUUAUGGAAGCUUCAACCAAAUCGCGGUAUUCACUGAAAGGACCCGCACCGAUUUGUUUGAGCGAGAUCCUCGCGGCGGAUAGACCACUGAUCGAGGUCUACUUCAUGAGACACCCUUCAGAGAUGGUGAUGAGCGACGACUCAUUCAUCCGCGAGAUGAACGGCGCCGUCAUUUCCCUUCUGCAGCACAGUCCUACAGCAGUGGGCGAUGCGUUAGCUGCAAUAGGAGAGAACUAUCUCAAAGAAGCCGUGGACUCUGCCCUGGUGUCAAAUCGCAAGGUACGCCUUGUCAGUCGCUUAAGGUUGGUUAGUGAGGAAGAAAAUGGCCCAGAGCUGGGACUGAUGCUUUUACUUGCUCUUUGCGGUGUCGAGCUCGUGGACCCCCAAUCGGACGGCAGUGGAGCUGUACUGUCUGCACUUAUUGACAAUGUCGCCAUGAUUCUGGCUUUUCACACUCAGGAGAAAAACGCGCUGAGCGGCAUGGCCAACGCACCAAGAUCGACUCGUCAGUCUGGCUUGAUGAUUACGCCAUGUCUCACGCUGAUCGGCUGA